AUGGCCCAUGGGCGUGAGUUGUGGGACUUUGCAUUGGUCGAUUCUGAGCUCAACAAGGUCUUUAAUGAUGGCAUGGAAUGUACUGCUAGGAUCACGAUCAAGGCUUUGAUAUCUGAAUAUAAACAUGGGUUUGAUUGCAUUGGAUCUCUAGUCGAUGUUGGUGGUGGCACUGGGGCUUCCAUUGUUGAGAUUGUGAAAGCAUACCCGCAUAUCAAAGGAACCAACUUUGAUUUGCCACACAUUGUUGCCACUGCACCACCAUGCCCUUGGGUUAUCCACAUUGGGGGUGACAUGUUUAGUAACAUUCCGACUACGGAUGCAAUCUUCUUGAAGCCUAGUGGCAAUGACCUAUUUGACAACAUAGGCAUGGCAAUGGACCUAGUAAUGCUUAUGUUGCUUGGAGCUGGGGAGGAGAGGAUUGAGUUUGAAUAG